AUGGCCCGUCUGGCGAUAGGAAAGACCGGCGUUAGAAUGGACAUCCCAUUGAUGCUCUACCAAUCCCCAGACAAGGAGAAUGGACAUCCUCAAGAGGAUGAAGUUGACCAAGACAAUAAACGUGAAUCCGAAGGGAGGGAGAUCGAUAACCUCUGCGCUUCUUCAUCUUCGCCAACGCCAUCACCACCUCCACUUCCUCCGCCUUCUGCGGUACCCCAUGUGUCUCAACGAAAUCUUGUCGAGGCAUACUACUCAAAUACACCAAAGUGGAGGGCUCGGCGUGAAGAGACGCCUGAAAAAAUUGACUACUAUCUCUAG